AAUCAGAGCAGCUGAUUCUUGCGGCUUCAGAGCUCCAAGUUCUGUCUGAACAGCUGAAGAAGACGGGAGAAGGAGAGCUCCUUAUUUCCUGUGAUCGUUCAGAUAAUUUAGACUUCAAGUGUACCUCGUUACAUGCCUGGAGGCAGUGAGAUCUACAUGUCUCAACGGGAGCCAUGGGUGCUGGGCCUUCGGCCAACCUUGAGUAGACGCCACCGUCGUGUGAUGCGCAUGUCGAACCAGCAUGGAUGUUCUCAUGGCAGUCACAGUGUAGCAGAUUUUGAGAAGCAUCGGAAGAUUGAGAGCGGAGUUUUUGUGCAUUGGAGUUCCGCCUUGCAGGAUUCACAUGUGGUGUCUGUGCGGAUUCCUGAGCAGCCUGGAAAGAGAGUGGCAUGUUUGCUGAAUCUUAUUGAACAGCAGGUCCAAUGCCAGAAAUAUCUUUGGAGCUCUGAAUUGCGAGUUUCUUCGGGAUCAGAAUGCCUUCCCCUGCGUCAAAUUCGAGCCCGCCGGUUAAGAGCACUCUUUGCUCUGGCUCAGCUUUUUGACCAAAAGUCGCGCAAUUCAGUCCCUUUUUACAGCUCUGAAGAUGGAAUGGGUGAUCUAGAAGUACAUUUGUCGACAAUAUCGCUUUCGGAUUAGAUUUUGUUGCCUAAUACUGAUUGUAUGUCCAAUGCUGUCUUGCACAUUUGCUAGACGUCAGAACCAAACGAAGAAUAAAGGAAGCAUCAUUUGAUAUAGCCAUCUUAGUCAUCUAAACUGUGGAUGAGAAGGGAUCAGGA